GUAAUAACUCAAUUUCGUAACAUUAUUCUAACCUAGAAAAAUACAGCGAGUGUUUAUUAUCGUUUAGAGCCAAAAAAUUACGUAAUUUACUCAAAACUAUAUUUAAAAAUGCCCACAACAGAUGCAGUUAAAAUUUGGAAUAACCUAAAAGGCAUAAUAUGUGUGUAUAAGCCGGCCGAUGUUAAAACGAAUCACGUACGGAAAAUGAUUGUAAAUCGAAUUUGUGAAGGUUUAAAUGAAUUAGAUUAUAGACCAAAUUCAGCGUUAAUUUCAAUUGAAGGAAAGCCAUCAACAGAAUUAUCGGUUGUUCUUAAACCUAAUUUAGCUGAUGAUCCACUUGUAGUUGGCCCAAGAUAUCAAUUUAACGAUUUACCUUGUAGCUGGUCGAAUUAUUUAGGAACUUCUACGAGUGGUGUUUUACUUUUAGGUUUGAAGAGAGGUACUACUACCACUAAAUACAUAAGAGAAAAUAAACCUACAAGAGCUUAUAGAAUUACAGGAAGUUUAGGUUACUCUACCGAUAAUUAUUACAAAGAUGGUCAUAUAGUUGAACGCACUACUUUUAAACAUGUUAAAUUAGCGCAUAUUGAACGUUUAUUAUCAUACAUGCAAGCUAUGCAUCAAAAAAAGAUGUUUGAGUUAUGUGGUGUCGAUAUAAAAUCUCAAACGGCUUAUGAAUUAGCAACAAAAGGAUUAAUUAGACCGAUAAACUCAAAAAUUCCGCUUAUUUACGGAUUAAAAUGUAUUAAAUUCGAUCCACCCGAUUUCACAAUUGAAAUCCAAUGCAUUAACGAGUAUGAAACAUAUUUGAAAGCAUUAAUUCAUGAAAUUGGUACAAAACUAAAUUCCUCUGCUCAUUGUACGGGAUUACAAUGUAUUAGACACAGUUAUUUUAUUAUCGAUAAUGCUUUAUUGCGACAUCAAUGGAAUUUAGAGAAUAUUUUAAGAAAUAAGGAGCAAUGUGAGAAUAUCAUUUUUGAAAAUAGUGGAUUGUUACAUCAAAAAAGUGCCGUUUUGCAAUAAUAUUUUAUAAUUUAUGUUUUUUGUUAUAAGAAUAA